AUGAGCAUCAGGCUAAAAAACUUUCUGGCAGGGCCAAGGCUUAAGCCUGGGAUGGAUCAAUCGUCUACACUGACCAACCAAGAUAUAGAAGGAUACUUUAAAAAGAAAGCAAAGUUAAAUAUGAGUGUUACCCAAAGUAUUCGGGAAGACCUACCAUAUGGAAUUUAUCAUCCAGAUAAUUGCAUAAAAAUUUGGUAUGGUUUUUUUAUUGGCUUAUUAAUUUUGUAUACUGCAAUUGUGGGUAUACAAAAAAAUGGUUUGGCGAGCCAACCUUAGCGCUUAACAUCAAUAGCCAGGAGAUUUAUUAAUAAAGCGGGACCUUUUGGAAGGGAGAGCAUGCAUUUUGGCCGGGUUUUACUUGAUUUAGUGGAUUGUAAUAUCGAACUAGCUGACCCAUGCCCUCAUACAGAUCAAGGUCUUACCCUGUGCAAAGAUGGCUCAUUGGAGUUGUGAUUUGCCAGUCGGACGAAAUUCCUGGCACGAUACCAGGCGUUGGGUCCUAAGCACUGGGCUCCAUCUAUGUCAAGAACUCUACAACAUGGCGAUUCAGAGCCUUAACUCUUGGAUAACGAGUGUAAGCCCUUAUUCGUAGCGAAUGGCCAUCCCGGAGUGACAAGCAAGCGGUGGAACGCUGUGGGGAGGUGAGUAGUGACUUAUAGGUCUGCAGAAUAACUCUCUAUAAGUAAACUAAAUAGCAAUUGUUGGCCCAUAUGUGGUCUCUUUUCUUGAUCCGCAUGAAUUUGACGGAUGGUUUAUUUUUGAUGUACUUGUUAAUAUUUGUUUUAUAAUUGAUAUUGUAUGAACUCUUAAUACAGCGUUUUACGAUGUGGAUGGAAUUUUAGUGACUGAGAGAAAGGCUAUUUUCAAAAAUUAUUUGAAGGGCUGGCUGAUUCUUGAUGUAGUUGCUUGCAUCCCUAUGGGACUUAUUCCUGUAUUUAAUGGAAAUUCUCAUGGAUACCAACUUGGGUACAAUAGAUUUGUCAGGAUCUUAAGAUUAAAUUCUUUGCCAAACCUGUUCAGGCUUUCAAGACUGCUGAACACAUUUAAAAUAAGCAAUCCAAAUUCAAUUUUAACUCCUUGCUCUAAAGCGAGAAAAUUUUAGAAAAAUUUAUUUUUUUAUCAUUUCACAUCAAUUAUUAAUUACGCAUUAUAAAUUAAGCAUGUGCAUUAUAAAAUAUAAUUUAUUAAAUUGAUUAAAAUGCAAAAAAACUUAAAAAGAAAAUUUAGCAGUUAUGAGAUAAAAAGAGAUUAUUUUUUAAAACAAAAUUUUUCAUGCUAUAGAGUUUAUUUUGGCAUAUCAAAAAUUUAAUUUUCAAAAGUCAAAGUUUAAAUUAACUCAUAAAUUUUGUUUUAAAUGCUUGCUGUCUGAAAAACUAACUUGAGAUUAUUAUCAUAAUCAUCGCUUAUAUAUUAAAAAUCGUUUUGGCCAGACUCACAAAGAAAGCUUUCUUAAUAAUAAGAUCACCGAUAUCUUUGAGGGAGGAAGUUAGGAAGAAGUAAGUAGAAUUCAAUCUUAUUUGAAUAUAAACCAUAGUGGAACACGAUUUUUAAGCACAAUAUCAAGGAUAUUGGUAUGAAUUCAUGCAAUGGCAUGUUUUUGGCACCUCACUUCAAGACUAGCCCAUUAUCAUUAUGACACGUGGGUUGUUCGAUGCGGCUAUAUAGAUAGCGAUACAUCUACUCUUUAUGUAACUUCUCUUUACUGGGCACUAACUACUUUAACUACUAUUGGAUACGGAGAUAUUUCUGCAAGAACAAACACUGAAAAAGUCCUGGCAAUGUUCUGAAUGAUAGCUGCUCUCUAUUUCGUAUCUUUUAACAUCAGCUCCUUGUCAUCAAUGUUUUCUCAAAUUGAUAUAAAAAAGAACCAAAUGGAUCAAAAAUUAGCCCUCGUUGAUGAAUUUUCAAACGAAACGUCACUAAACAAAAAUAUAAAGCGAAAAAUGCAGAAAAGCAUCAGAAUUAAAACAGAACGCUUAUCCUCUUCAUAGUCAAGAUCAAACCCUAUAAUGUUUUAUCUACAUUUUAAAAAAUUUAAAUACUAAAAGUAGUUCUGGAUUCUCUAUUUAUAAUGAAAAUUAGGACUACCUCUUAGAAGGCGGGAGUAAUUCCCUUAUAAUCUUUUAAAACAUUAUGAUUAUUAGAAAUUUAAAAAUAUGAUAAGAUAUAUUGAGUCUGAUUGCUAUUAAAAAAAAAUUGUUAUUAAACAGGGUGAGCUAGCAUUCACAGUUGAAGAAAAAGAAUCACUCAUGGACGAGCUUCCAAAGCAGCUUAAAUACGAAGUUGCAACAAAUAUGCAUAACGGUGCAUAUACCCUUUUUUCAUUUUUUCAAAACAGAGACCAAAGAUUUAUUUAUUCCAUCAUCCCUUUUCUUCAGCCUUUAUUUGCAUCAGUUUCUGAAACUGUCUACUGCGAAGGAGAGCCAUCUAACGACAUUUUCUUUAUAGUCCGAGGCAGGAUAAACUUCGUGUUUGGGGACGAAAACACAGUAUUCCGUGUUUUAACAAAAGGCCAUUAUUUCGGAGAUAUAGAAAUAUUCCAAAAAACCAAAAGAGUCCAUACAGUAAUUGCCGCUAUUGAAUGCAAUUUGCUUGUAAUGAUGAAAACAGUCAUCGAAAAAUUAAGAGACAGUUUCCCUUCCAUUUGGUUUGAAAUGGAAGAAAUGGCUAAAGAAAAAGACAAAAAAACAAAACACUCUAUAGCCGAAAUGAAAGUUCUGAUGAAAGCUAAUAAAGACGGAAAUAUCAAAAAAAUGACUGCAAAAGAAUUUAAAGUGAUGAUUGAAAAAGAAAUGGACAAAUUUGAAGAGGUCAGGGAAAAUGAAGAGGAAAACAUUGAAAAGGUGCAAAAAAAAUUAGAAGAAAAAAUUGAUGGGUUAUCUAAACAGAUUCGAGCAAAUACAGAAGUAAUACAUGAUAUUGAAGAUAUAUUAAAUGACAUGAUUGAUGAAGAAGAUAAAGAAAAUGAGCUAAUGAGGGUUAAGUCAUUGCCAACGAAAUCAGUAUCAAGCUUGCCAUUGAUUAGUAAGUAUUCGUUAGAUGUCAAAAAAGUGGCGAAGAAUAUGGAUAUUCCAGAUAUUUCAUUUUCUGGAGAUUAA